CUCUCAACCAAAGGCACCUCUGAGCCAAACUGGGUUGAAUUGGCCUGAGAUGAUUACUGCAACUACCAAUUAUUUGUUGCAGCUUUUAUGGCCUAGCAAUCCCGGAUGUCUCUUUCUGGAAUGUUUGAUGGGGAAUUGUCAGUAUGUACAAUUGCAGGAUUAUAUUCAACUGCUACGUCCCUGGUGUCAAGUCAAUGUUGGUUCCUGUCGAUUUAUGCUGGGACGGUGUUACCUGGUUACAGGAGAGGGACAGAAGCUCUGGAUUGCUUCCGCCAUGCAGCAUCUGAAGUGGGCAAAGAGGAGUUCUUGGAUCGCUUGAUUCGCUCAGAAGAUGGGGAGAUUGUGUCCACCCCCAAGAUGCAGUAUUAUGAUAAGGUUUUGCGUCUACUAGAUGUUGUUGGUUUGCCUGAGCUGGUUAUUCAGUUGGCUUCGUCAAUAUUAACUGAAGUAGGUGGUGACUGGAAAAGUCAGGCUACCUUAAGGACAUGCAUUUUCAAACAUCAUUUGGAUUUGGGUCACAAUAGCCAAGCAUAUGAAGCCUUAACCCAAAUUCCUGAUUCCAGCAGGCAGUUAGAUUGUCUGCGGCAGCUGGUGGUAGUUCUUUGCGAACGCUCACAGCUACAGGAUCUUGUAGAGUUUCCCUAUGUGAAUCUGCAUAACGAGGUUGUGGCAAUAAUUGAAUCACGUGCGCGAGCUGUGGACCUUAUGACUCACAAUUACUAUGAGCUCCUCUAUGCCUUUCACGUCUUUCGCCACAAUUACCGAAAGGCUGGUACGGUGAUGUUUGAAUACGGAAUGCGUCUCGGCAAAGAGGUUCGAACUCUGCGGGGACUUGAGAAGCAAGGCAACUGUUAUUUGGCUGCUGUUAACUGUUUACGACUUAUUCGUCCAGAAUAUGCAUGGAUUGUACACCCAGCAUCUGGUGCAAUGUAUGAUCGUCCUGGAGCAUCCCCUAAGAGGAAUCAUGACGGAGAAUGCACAGCUGCUCCAACCAAUCGGCAGAUUGAAAUUCUGGAGCUGGGCGACCUGGAGAAAGAGUGUUCCUUGGCCCGCAUUCGCCUCACUCUCGCUCAGCAUGACCCCUCGGCAGUUGCGGUUGCAGGAAGUUCGUCAGCAGAGGAGAUGGUCUCUCUCUUGGUUCAGGCUGGCCUUUUUGACACUGCCAUAUCACUCUGUCAGACUUUUAAGCUCCCCUUAACGCCAGUCUUCGAGGGACUUGCUUUCAAAUGCAUCAAGUUGCAGUUAGGAGGCGAGGCGGCGCAAGCAGAAGCCUGGUCCUGGCUAGCAGCCAAUCAGCUCUCAUCGGUCAUCACCACUAAGGAGUCUAGUGCUACAGAUGAAGCAUGGCGACUAUUAUCAACUUACCUAGAAAGGUACAAAGUCCAGAAUAACUUAUAUCACCACUGUGUAAUCAACAAGCUCUUGUCUCACGGAGUGCCUCUGCCUAAUUGGCUUAUAAACAGUUACAAGAAGGUUGAUGCUGCUGAGUUGCUCCGUUUGUACUUAAACUAUGACCUUUUAGAAGAAGCUGUGGAUUUGGUUUCAGAAUAUGUAGAUGCUGUACUGGGGAAAGGACAUCAAUACUUUGGAAUUGAGUUUCCACUGUCGGCAACAGCUCCGAUGGUGUGGCUCCCGUACUCUUCUAUUGACCAGCUUCUCCAGGCUCUGGGAGAGAACAGUGCCAAUAGUCACAACAUUGCUCUAUCCCAGAAAAUACUUGAUAAAUUGGAGGACUACCAGCAAAAAGUUGAUAAGGCAACACGGGAUUUAUUAUAUCGUCGGAACUUGUGAUCCGAACGGUUGCCUAGCCUUUGUAGCCGCUUGGUGCCUCUUAGGGCUUAAGACUUUACCCUACAGGAACCCUGUAUUCCUGGACAGUUUUUAUACCUGUAAAUGAUGUAUACAACAUCAAGUCUGCAUUCUGCGCAAAAGAGGAGGGCAGAUGAGUCACAGAACCUGUGCUUGCUGGCGGUGCUAACACACAACUUCUGGUUUUCAACCUUGGUCUCCAACAGCUGCUUUUGUAUAUGAUUCACAAGCCUUUUUAGAGUUUCUAUUUUUUUAAACUACCGAAGACAUUCUUUAUCUGCAAAUUAAAGCCCACCCUCACUUUCCAAAAUAGCCAAUGGUGGUUGGUUGGUUGUAGCUAACCACCAGAAGCAGUCACUGCAAAUCCUUCCAUUCUUCCCUAUCACUUUUUGUAUUUCAAUGGAAUUAUUUUGGUCCAGAACUGACAUGUAUUUUCUGUAUUGCAAAAAGAGGCUAAUGAUUUUGCAUACUCUUUUCAUUAUUUAUUGUGGAGUUUUUGUAUGAUCUUCAAUAAAGUAUUAAAUAAUUUGCCUAGAUUAAACCUAAAAUGAUGACCAGCUGUCAAAGAAGAUACCUUAUUUUGAAUCUGGUUCUGAGGCUAAAGUUGAGUAAACUCUUAGCUAAGAAAAAAAUUGGAAAUUUUAUCUAUAAGAAUAACCAAUUUUGAAAGUAAAUUCUGUUAACUGUUAUGAUUUAUGAUAAUCAAGCCAGACUUGAUCAUACUACUUGUGUAAUAAUGUAUUGGACCAAAAUAUAAACUUUCCUGGUCAGAUUCAGAAGUAUUCGUGCCCACAAAUUUGGGGGAAGGUGAAAAACGAAAUCUUGGAUUUUAUUCUGUAUAUUAAAAUUUAUCUUUUAAGGAAA